AUGAUGAAACUCUACAAUAAUCAAUUGCAAAAUAAUUUCACAGAAUCAACAUGCUCGGGCAGUGGAAGUUUAUUAAGUUCUAAUCAUGGUCCAGUCAAGCCUUUAAAUAGUAGCUACCUUAAAAAUUAGAAUUCUUUAGGUUCAGCUGCAAGUGGAGGAGUAAAGAACUAAUCUACUCUCCCUUAAAGAUCAAGUUCCUCUAGCCUUAAAUAAGACAAUAAUAAGAAUCAAACAUUAAAGAAAAAUUCCUCACAAGUAUCUCUUACUAAUAAUAACCAAUCACACUAAGCAUAAAAUAAUCUAGGUAUUGAAAAUUACUUCAACGCGAAGAGUCAAAUGCAAUAGUCAUAUGAUCUUGUGAAAGAAAUUCCAUCAAUGAGAAGCUUUGCAUGUUCAGUAAAUGAAGAUUCCAGCAAGGAGAUUGAGAAGCAUAUGAGAGGAAAACUAAAGAUAGAUCAAGCAAUGAAUAGAGAUAGGAUAUUUAUGCCUUAAGAUAGCAAGGGCUUAGUUAUGCUAUAUGGAGGUGGUAAAGAAGAAAGAAGAAGACAGAACAGUAAAGAUAGCUUUGAAAGAAGUUUAGAAGGAGAAGAUACUUGGAAUGAAAACAGAGAUAACUCCAAUCAUUUUAAAAGAAGAUCAUUUAGCAUGUAAACUAACAAGUUAAAUUAGAGCAAAAAUUAAAGAUAGGUGUCAAAGGACAAGUCAAAGCAGCUAAGUACCUCAAUAUUUGGAGGAAUGGGUUAGGAUAGGUAAAAGGUAUAUGAAAUAUCAUCAUAUAAGAGAGAUGCAGCAUUGUUGUUAGCUAAUAGAAUGCAUAAAAAGCUUAGAGGCUAUUUUGCUAUCUUGACAGAUUUCGCAGCAUUUUAAGAAUUCAAUAUUAAUGAGGCAUUUGAGGACUUCAAGAAUAAACAGGACUAGAAAAGCAGGCAAAGUCUUGAGAUGAGAAAGGAAUCUCAAAAACUCACUCAAAGCUAAGGUGUUUACUCUCAUAAUCAGUCUAAGUCCAGGUAGUGGGCCAAGAUGACACACGGAGAUAAUUUCCUAAAAGAUAUCAAUGACAACAUAUUCCUAUCUCAAGAUAAAAUGUCCUCUACUUAUCAAGGUGGAGUAACAUCCAAUGUUAAAAUCAAGAUUUAGAAUAAUAGUAAGGAUCAUACUCCUGUUAACAUCUUUUAAACAUACUUGAAAUAAAACAAUAAUGUGGUGUCUCCAAUUCCAAUGGAAGCGUAGUAGCAUGAUUUCUACGAUUUAGACACAGUAGAUGAUCUCUUUGAUUUCAAGAAUCAAAUUUCUUCAAGAUAAGGCAGAGAUAACAUUCCUCAAGUUGAGAUCAUUGGCAACAUCAAGAAUUCAUUCAAGAAUAAAGUUGAAAAUUUGAAAUCUGAUUUUAAUAAUCUCCUCAAUCAUAAGAAUUAAAAGGAGAGUCUUAUGUCUUAGGAUGGAAAUUAGCUUAUAAUGAGUUAAAGAAAUUACUAAGAAAAUAAGGAAAAUGAUUUUAAUCUUAGUAACAACAAUAAAGAUCUUCAAAAUAGUUAGUGCUUGACAUCAAGAAAGCCAACUACAUUCAGAAAGGAUUAAAUUUAGAUCACUUAGAGAGGGGGUAAUGGAUCUAUUCUUAAGCCAUCUAUCUUGAAUCAAAGGAAAAAUCUUAAAAUAUUACAACAAUCAAGAGAAGAUAAUACAAAUAGUAGGAUGUUGACUGAUAAUUAGAGGUAAUCAGCUCAAAGAAUAGCUGGAUUCUUGAUUCAUUCAGAUCUCAAGAAAAGUUUCUAAUAAAUUAAGGAUGCAACUAAUAUGAAUCAAAUGCAAGAGCUCUCGAAAAUACAUGAAAAAUUAUGGGGUUUAAUACAGUAUAAGGAGUUAAAGCAUAAAUUUAUGAUGUUCUUUAAUUGGAAGCAGCACACUUAGAACUAAGAAAUGCAAGAGUCAUUGCACAUCAGUCACAUAAGUGGUCCUUAGAACAAUUAAAAUACUAAGUUGUUCAAUAAAGAUUCAGCACUGUUCAAUACUUAAUUAUUUGAUGAAGAUUAGCAGAGAUAAAUAUCUUCUAGAACCAGCAAUCACAAUAAUGGGAAUAAGCAACAAUAGAAAAUGCUAAUCGCUCAGAAAAUACUAGGAGCCAUUAUGAUUAAGCGAAGUUAUAUGAUAAAAACUGCUCUCAAAACUUGGAAGCAGCAAUCAGAGUAAAAAUAGAUUAUAGAUGAAGAGGCAUCCUAUAAGUAAGAUCUGUUAAGACAAGUGAUAAGUCAAAUGAUCUAGUGCAAAAUGAUUAAAGGCUUUAGAACUUGGAAAGAUGCAGCUAUAAUUAUCAAAGAGUAGGAGAAAUAUAAUAAAGUGAAAGGCUCCUAGUAAAUUAUGAAUAGAAUGAAGACAUAUAUAUUCAAAAGCUUAUUUAAAUCUUUCUUGAAAUGGAAGACUAUGAAAUCUGAUACCAAUGAAUAAAAAGGUAAAUAGAUACCUGAUCAACUGAAAUUAAAGCUUUCAAGUCUGAUUAAAAAGAAGCAUAUAACCGGUUUGAGGUAGAGUUUCAAUGCUUUAAGUAGCAAAUAAACAACUCUCCAUCAGUCAUAACAUCCUUAGCAAGAUCUAGACUAUAAAACAGAAAUGACUUCUUUCUAAAAGAAAGUGUCUCAAACACAGAUGAAUAUAAAUCGUCAGGGAUCAAAGGGAAGUAUUUCUGCUAAUUUGAGAUAUCUAUGA